ACAUAUAUUUCAAUAUGUCUGAUAUAUUUAUGGUAUGUAGUAUGUACACUCCCAUCUCCCAACCACCGAUGCCUUAAGAUUACAGAAAAUGAAAAUGGUAUUGAAGUAAUGAAAUGAGGAUGAGAGUCUCUUCUCCUCGUUUGUUGUUUUUCACCAUAUUACCAUUCCUCACAGUUGCAGUUGCAGUUGCAGACCAAGGAUUAGGAACAGUAACCGAUUAUGAGAGGAGGUGUCGGAAGAAUGAACCACCAAUUAGAUUCCCUUUCCGAUUCAAACAAACCCAACCCAAUAACACACUCACCGGUUUCGACAUCUCCUGCACCAAAUCUCACAACAAAACAAUACUCUUGAUUCCAACCAUUACAGGACCCAGCGCCGAGCUAUACGUAAGAGACAUAAACUAUGUUUCACAACAAAUCCAAAUAUACCACGACCCACAUCAAUGCCUUCCCACACUACUGCUGCUUUCCCAAAACAACAGCAACAAUAACACCACUAGACCAUUCAAUUUUCCUUUCAAAUUCAGAUACGAUCGUCGAACCAAUUACUCAACCCACACUCUCCUCAAUUGCUCUUCAGUUUGUAACAUUAAGUUGGUUCCUUCUGAUUAUGAUAUUGAUAUGGUGAUUUACGAGCGUUGUCCUAAGAUGUACGACACUGUAGCAAUUCCAGAUAGCAUAUACAAGGCGUCGAUUUCUGGGAAGGAUGAUCGAAGCUAUGUAACUUUGACAUGGUCCGAACCCGAUUGUAGAGCUUGCGAAGCGAAUCGAAUGGGUUGCAGACUCAGUAAUCGUAGUGACCAAAAAGUUGAGUGUUUCGAUCUACCAAUACAAAAAACAGAACCAACAAAGAUUUUGCAAAUGAUCAGAAGUACUCUAUUUAUUGUCUUAGCCACUUCUGUUUUAUGUUCAAUAGUGUUAGCUAUUCUGUUUUAUCUACACAUAACACACAAAAACGAUAAAGAACAUGAAGACAGAAUUGAAACAUUUUUAGAGGAUUAUGUUGCUAUGAAGCCAUCAAGAUAUACUUAUUCCGAUAUUAAGAAGAUUACAAAUCACUUCAAGGAUAAGUUGGGUGAAGGAGCUUAUGGAACAGUGUUUAAAGGAAAGCUUUCUAGUGAGAUUUUGGUCGCGGUAAAGAUCCUAAAUAAUUCCAAGGGGAAUGGAGAAGAGUUCUUGAAUGAAGUAGCUACUAUUGGUCAAAUUCACCAUGUGAAUGUGGUUCGUUUGGUUGGAUAUUGUGCUGAAGGGUUUAAAAGAGCUCUUAUUUAUGAAUUCUUACCCAAUGGUUCGCUUAAUAACUACAUUUCCUUAGAAGCCAGCGGUGGACACCGUUUGCUGAGUUGGGAGAAAUUGCAAGACAUUGCCAUAGGUGUUGCCAAGGGAAUCGAGUAUCUCCACCAAGGUUGUGACCAACGAAUCCUUCAUUUCGAUAUUAAACCUCAUAAUGUUUUGUUGGACAGUAACUUCAAACCUAAAAUUUCUGAUUUUGGUUUAGCAAAGUUAUGUUCUAAGGAUCAAAGUUUAGUAUCAAUGACUACGGUUAGAGGGACUAUUGGGUACAUGGCACCAGAAGUGUUCUCUAAAAACUUUGGUAAUGUGUCCUACAAAUCAGAUGUUUAUAGUUUUGGAAUGUUGUUGUUGGAAAUAGUUGGAGGAAAGAAAAAUACCACUGAAAGAGAUGAAAUUUACUAUCCUGAAUGGAUAUAUAAUCACUUAGAAAAAGGAGAAGAUCUCAGAAUACAAAUUGGAGAAGUGGGAGACAAUAGAAUUGCUAACAAACUUGCAAUUGUAGGACUUUGGUGCAUCCAGUGGCACCCAAUGAGUCGUCCAACAAUGAAAAUUGUAGUCCAAAUGUUAGAAGGUGUAAAAGUUCUUGACAUGCCCCCAAAUCCUUUUUGUCAAAACAGGUCAAUUAAUGACAAAUACGAAGGUGCCACAAAGACUACUGAUUCUUGAUUAUGAUGUUCUUGCAGUGAUUUAUGGUUUGUACAGGAUGAGUAUGUAAUUUUGUUUUUAAACUAUAUGUAGGAUUAGCAUUAGAAUAAAGGUUCACAUAUGUACGUGUUAUUCUAUUUAUUUAGGCAGUUUCACUACAUAGGCUCA